AUGGUAAUAUAUGGAGCUUGGAAUACAACCCUAAACACUUAUCUGGAGCUGGAGUAUACACUAUCUACUCCGGACUUCGACUCAACUCCUACACAUUUCAUUCAGCCUAUUACUAGCUUGAGGAGAAGCAUGCGCAGCGCCUCGGAUUCUGAAAACGAUUCCGAUUAUGUUCCUCCGCAUCAUCCAGACGACCGACAUUCUUCUGGCGAUGACGAGCCUAGUGCGAAGCGUAUACGGACGACCUCCCCUUCUCGUGCCGAGAUAGACCCAGAAACUGCAGAAAAGAUGCGCGAUGCCCUAUGGGUCGAGUUUCAAGCGUCCGUGACUUCGCCCCAACCGAAACAAGAGUUGUCGUCACGGAGGAUGGUCAAAAUCAAGAAGACUUUCCGAUUUGCUGGGGAGAAUGUUGUCGAGGUCCGAGAGGUGCCUGAGGAUUCAGACGAUGCGAAGAAAUGGCCUCUGUGGCAAUCUCCAGAAGCAACCACGAUGGGUGCUGUCCCCGUUACUAUUGCCACUGAGACAUCUGCAGAGUCAAUACUAGAGUCGACCGGGGAUCCAGCUGCAACAACAAGCGCUACAUUAGCGUCAAUCAGCAAGACAUCUAAGCCAGCAACGAAGCGUCCGGGACCACGCAGGCCGAAGACCGCGUUGGCCCCUCUUCCGAACGCCCCCAAGGCAAAGAAACUGUCGACGCUGGAUAAGUCGGCCAUGGAUUGGCGGGCGCAUGUCCAGACAGAGGAGCAAUCAGGGGUCAAGGAUGAGCUUGCGGCGAACCGCCGUGGUGGGGGAUAUCUGGAGAAGGUCGAAUUCCUACAAAGGGUCGACGAACGGAAGGCAGAUGUGUUGGACGCCGGCAAAACGAAGCGAAGGAGAGGAUGA